UACUUACAAAACCGAAUGACAUCCACCUGUGCACGUCCAAAGUUCACCUUGCAUCACAGCUCGGGGGGGCAGAAGCAUUCGGGUGUGGUGGUCAUGGCGUCGUCACGGAGAACAUUGGCUCUGCUUUGCUCGCUAGCAGUCUUGUCUCAAGGUGAAACUUCGAGCUGCACCUCGGAGACUGAGCUCUUGGUGCGUCUAUCGGCAGAUCUCGAGGUGGCGGCAGAGUGUGGCGAUUACCUGCAGUCUGCAUGGAAGAAACAGGAGAGGGCCGCUCUGCUGCUCGCCAUGAGGAACGUGACGGAUACCCUGCACACACACAUGCUGCGAGAAUGCCACGGUGCCAGGCCGGAGAAAUGCCCGGAAGCCGAAGUUCCCCUCAACGGAGGGUUGGCGUGCGUCACGGUGGCCGACAAGCGCUACUGCAAACCUCUGUGUAACCACGGUUACGAUUUUGCUUUUCUCAGGCGGAGUCGUCCGUACGCCGAAUGCAGCGAGCGGACCCGGUUCCACUGGGAGACGCAGUACGUCGGAGGAAACAAGCUGGCGGUGUGCCACGAAUCGCCGAUCCAAGUUUCCGGAGCGAAGACGGCGUAUUUUCCGGAGCACCAGGACUGCCUCACGACAAAGACCAGAGACCCCCUGCAGAGCAGCGUCAGGUCCGAUCUGAUCGCGGAUCUGACCGCCGCCGGCGUCCAGGUGGAGGAGUCGCAGGCCGUCUGCCUCGUGUGCGGAUGAACGACGCUUUCGCCGAAAGUCACGGCCGUUGAGCGAGAGUUGCACCGAGGAAGAGUCGAUGUUCGAAGAAUAAAACUAUUCCCGUUACUUUGUUACAGGAAUACUAAAAACA